UACCAGGAAUGGCUAUGUUUUGAGUGAUGGCUGAGUGGUAAUGUUGCCUCUCCAAAGAAGAUCUAGUCCAGUAUUUGCAAACGCUCAUAGGAAUAGUUUCGGAACAUGGAGCAAGGAACUGAAGACAUAUUUGAUGCAGAAUCAGAUGGGAACUCUUCAUUGAAUAUUUCCAAUCAAUCCUACUGUGAAACCAGCAUUUACCAGCAACUUCCAAGUAACCAAUCAGUGAAAAGAAGAUCAAAAUCUGUGACUUCCCAAGAUAAACGUCGGUCCUCCAUUGAGAACUCAACUGAGCUUUCAACUUCCGAAUUCACAUAUGAUGAGGAGGAUCUACUUGUGGAUUGUAAGCAAGCUCUGAGAGAACUUCCUUUCACAAUGGCAAAGAGAAAGAAAGAGAGGAAAAAGAGAACAUGUGUCUCAGAAGUUCUCAGCAGUUGGGAAAUAUGGAAGCAAAGCCAACUGAAAUCACUGAGGAGGCUACAGGAGGAAGUGAGAAACACCAUAUCCUGGUUAGAACUGUGGAAGAGGUCACUGAAAGAAAUAGAAGGUCACUUUGGGACUGGCAUCCAGUCAUACUUCACGUUCCUUCGUUUCUUGGUUUUCCUGAAUCUUUUGGCAUUUCUUUUGGUCAGUGGUUUUGUGCUCCUGCCUUCUAUCUACAUAACCAACAUGGACCUUACUCAGACAGACACGGAGCGCCUAAAGAACAUUUCUCUUUCAGCACCUGAGUGCUCCAGAUAUGAUCAACAUCCAAAGGGCUUAGUUUCUUUUUAUGACAAAAUCCUGGAUCUGUUCUCUGGGACAGGAUUCAUGGAAGAUUCCUAUAUGUUCUAUGGGCAUUAUAAAUUUGGUGUGUACAAGAGCUUGAACUAUAACCCUUCUUUGGCUUAUCUGCUCACCAUGGUCUUCUACUUCCUGUUCUGUCUUUGCUGGAUUGUAAAGAGGACAGUGAAUAGAUUUAAACAAGAGAGUAUGCACGAGGAUAAUUACAAUUCCAGACAAAGUGCCAAGAUCUUCACUCUCUGGGAUUUUUGUAUAAAGGAAAACACCACGGCUGAAUUGAAGCACCACUGCAUUGUGAAUGAACUGAAGAUUGACUUAGCAGAGCAAACAUACAAGAGGAGAAAAGCAGAACGAACUACAAGGGAGAGAGCAAUUCUUUACUUCGUCCGCUUUUUGCUCAAUUUGUUUAUCAUGAUUGUUUUGACUGGAGCUUUCUAUGUCAUUUAUCAAGCCACAAAAUCGUCUCAAAAUUUCCAGCAGCAGGAGAGUAAACAGGGGAGAUUUGCAUUUGUCACGGAAUUCUUCAUGGAAUAUCUUCCAUCCUUAAUCCUCACCUUUAACAACAUUCUUCUGCCAUACUUAUUUUGGAUAAUUAUCCGAUAUGAAGAUUAUCCACCAAACACUGAAAUCAAUUUGAUAUUAAUCAGGUGUAUAUUUUUAAGGCUGACCAACCUGAGCAUGUUGGUGUUCUCUCUGUGGCAGCAGGUCAUCUGCUCAGGUGGGAAAAGUGAAAAGGAUUGUGAAGCCUGUGGUUACAACAUACAUUACCAGUGUUGGGAGACGAAGAUUGGACAAGAAAUGUACAAGCUCUUUUUGUUUGAUUUUCUAGCCAGUGUUGGUGUCAUAUUUUGUUUGGAACUUCCAAGAAAAUUUCUGGAAGAUCAUGCUUCCUUUCAGUUACCCAAGAUAUUGCAAAGGCCGCCAUUCAUCAUUACGGAAAAUAUACUAAAUAUUGUUAAUGGACAAACUAUCGUCUGGAUUGGAAUGUUUUAUUCUCCAUUGCUGCCGGUUUUCAAUGCCAUCAAAUGCAUAAUCACAUUCUACAUGAGAAAGCACAGUCUAUAUAAUUACUGCCGUCCUGCCAGAAGGUUGUUUCGAGCAUCCAGCUCGAAGAUUUUCUUUCAGUUGACGCUACUGUUUGGAUUGUCUUUAGCAUUGAUCCCGAUUGCUGUUAAUCUAUUUAUAGUUCGUCCAUCCAAAGCAUGUGGUCCAUUUCGAUACUACGAAUCAGUUUGGGAUAUUGUACCAGAGGCUGUUGCAAGACUUCCACGGAAGGCACAGAACUUUUUUAUCUACAUUAAGUCCGAAGUCUUCUUGUUGAUGUUGAUUACUCUUUUAAGUGUGGUACUGACAACAUGUGUAGAGUUGGUUCGAGCUAACAGAAGGACUAUCACCCAGCUGAAAUGGCAUUUAAGUCUGGCAAGACAAGAUAAGCAGUAUUUGGUGAAAAAACUAUCCACACGUUCUCAGCAUCAAAGACGUGUUCAUUUUCAAGACAGUUCUUCCAACAGCACUCAAGAGUCGAGGGCUGAAGCAAGCGGAGGCAAGGAAGAGUCGAGGAGCGAGGAAGUGUGAGGCAGAGUUGAGCUGAGCGGAGACGAGGCAGGUUCAAGGCCCGUCCACCAAAACUGAGAGCGAGGAAAGACCCGAGGCCUGGUUGAUCUAAGCGCCAUGCUGAUUUGGAAAGGUCUGGAAUGGGCGGAAACCAGGUGGCAGGGUCCAGGCCUAAAGCAUAUCAAAGCGACAGGGCCCAGGUCCUGGAGCAAGGAACAAACCAGUGCUUGGAUGACCUAAGCAGCAGGAAGUCUUGCUUGCUGCUCCGUGGUGUUUACUCAGCUCUGCAAUGAGUGGAAGCCAUGACCUGCUCUGGGCUUUGUGCCUGUGGACUCACUCUCAUUCUGAAUGCUAUUUGCUUACUUUUAUAGUUUGCACAAUUUUUUUUUCUCUCUGAACAUUUUUUAUGGGUCCUUCUGGUCUUCUUUGUUUAGUGGCUGCCCGUAAGAAUCCAAAUCUCUAGGUUGUAUGAUGUAUACGUACUUUGAUAAUAAAUGUACUUUCGAACUUUGAACUUUUGAAGUGGUUAGGUUGAGAAAAACCAUACACCUUGUGUCACGGAGCAGAUGAAGGCAUGAUUAGCGCAGAAAGAUGCUUUGAUCUAGAGGCCUGAGUAGUUAAUGCAGGUAAAUAGAGUUGGAAGGUGUAACAACCCCAGUUAAGGCAAAGCAGGAUCAGUAGUCAAUAUAGUUGACAUGGAACAGCACAGCACAAGAACAGGUCUUUUGACCCACCAUGUCAGUGCUGAAUUAUGCCAAAUUAAACAGUAAUUUAUCUGCCUACACAAGAUCCAUAUCUCUCCUUUCCCUGCAUGUUCAUGUGCCUGUCUAAAUGGUAGUAUCGUGUCCACUUGCACCAACACUCCCAGCAGCAAGAUCAAAACACAUGCCACUCUGUUAAAAAAAAAACUUACCCUGCACAUCUGUUUUCAGCUUCUCCCAAGCAAAAUAUGAGGAAAGAGGCUAUAACAUCCGUUAGUACGUCAUGGAAAGAGGGAGGGGGAGAGGGAGAAAAGGAAAAAUGUCAAUAGUUCACAAGCUUUAAUGCAAGUAGAGUUAGAGGGAAAAGAAGAAAUAAACACUAGGCCAAACAGGGCCGUUAACUAUUACUCUCAAAUAGAAAACAAAGCCUACACUGCGGCUGAGAGGAAUAACUAAAUAUAGAGCUAAUACCACUAGUCUUCAGCGUGCACAGCCUCUUCGGUGAAUGAUAUCUGUAAUCUGUCAAGUAGGAUACCAUGCGCAAUUCUGAUUUGAUGGAGACAGACGUGAGAGUACGGAGGAAUAUCUGAAGAAAAUUCUGAAAUGCCCGCAUCGCUGCCGCUGCUACUGUGUGGUAACCGGAAUCUCCGGAGCAGAAGGCCCCGAGUCCUCGGCUUUGCUUGUUUUAGCAGCCAGGGCGAGGUCGAAGGCGCUCGGCAGAGGAUGGCGCUCCGGAGGCUGUAUCGGAGGGGCUGGUCGGAGGCUGGAAGUUUUCGGAUGGACGGACUCAGUGUCGGCUGUGGUCAGCUGCUUCCAAUGCAUCGGCAGUUGUCAGUGCCUGGAGGUUUACGGCAGGGAGUUUCUCCCUUUUACUGCCUGUUAUCGGGGACUCAGGAGUCCAUCAUGACUUGAGACUUCUUUUUACCGUGCCCAUGGUCUGUUCUUUAUCAAAUUAUGGUAUUGCUUUGCACUACUGUAACUAUAUGUUAUAAUUAUGUGGUUCUGUCAGUGUUAGUCUUUGGUUUGUCCUGUUUUUCUGUGAUAUCACUUGGGAGGAACAUUGUAUCAUUUCUUAAUGCAUGUAUGCAUUUCUAAAUGACAAUA